CACGAUGUAUAAGACGUCGGAACCUGUAUACUGGAGCUCACGUGUUCAUUAAUUGUUUGACUUGUUUCGGUGCAGUCGCUAAAUUCAAGUGGAAAAAAAAAAAAAGGAAAUAAUCUAAAACAAUUUAAAGGUAAGCAAACUUUUUUUUUUUUAUGAACAAACGUUUUCUUUUUGUAGUGACUGCACAUUCAUAAAUAAUUAUAAAAAAACAUGUCUUUACUUUCAUUCAAUUUUUAAAACAAUUACAAAAUUACAUACUACUUAAUAUUAAUUUAAUAUACAUUUAAUAUGCCCUUACAAAACCUAAAUGAUCACUGAUUUAGUCAUUAUUGCCACUAAAGGAGUUCAUGGUUGGCUGAUGCUAGAAAAAAAAUACUUUAGAUGACUUUAAACUGAUAUAAUUGUAAAAUGUUGUCAGGGUUAAAAUAUGUAUUUUGUAUGUGUUGAAAUGACUAUGUACAAUGUAAUUUUUUUUUAAAAAAUGUCCAUUUAUUGGAGCCAUCUUUUCUUAUCUUUUCUUAAAAUUUUUUAACAGUUUUACUCUUUCUGGAAAAUGCUUCUUUUUCCUUCCUAAUAUUGACACGUACCAUACUUUAGAUUUUUUUUUUAAACAUCAUUUUCUUUUUAAAAUGACCUGCAUGCUCACAGACACUAUCUCUUAUUACUCCAUAUCGUUUACAUAAGAGUUUAUGAUGAUUUCCAUGCUUCCAUCAGAUGGCGAAUGCCAAGAACUCGGCAUUGAAGUUAUUUGGAAUACAAGCGGCUUGAAAUCGGUCCCACACAGGUAAGCUAGCGGUACGUGGACACUUCCGAUACUGGCCACAAUGUUUUAAGAUGAAGAACUCAUGAGAUGCGUAACCAAUAUUCAGUUCUAUUUCCUCUAAAGAACGUAACUUCAAACAAUGGAAUUGCUAAAAAUAGCAACAUUAUGAAGUUUACACUAUAUUUCAUAAUUCAUCAAGUAAAUAGUUUUCUAUUAUUAUCAUCACUUUACUUCCUGUAAAUUAUUUAGCGUGUUUGUGUUUAUUCUGUAUGCAAUUUCAGGAUUUGUUUAUCAUGGGCGGAAAAAUCGAGAACUGCUCAGGGCGAGAUAAACUCUAGCUCCUUCAUAUGUGUAUAUAUACGUAUACAUACGUGUGUUUAUUUCUUUAUGAAAAGUAUGUGUAGUGUGCCCUAUAACUAGCUCUUUAAUACACGAUUUCAAUAUAGAUUAUGGUAUUUGUAUCAGUAAGGUUGUAUAAGGAAGGUCCCACACACAAUAAUGAGUAAAAUCAGUUCAAAUACAUAUAUUAUUUUCUAUGAAGUGACGCAUUGAGGAAAAGAGGCUUCCAUGGCUAGGCCUGACAAUUUACCCCCCCCCCCCCAAAUCCCGUAUAAUCAACAAAUUUUAUACUAUAUAUUUAUUUUAUAUGUUAUUUAUAGUUUAUAAUUUUUUAAAUAUAAAAUACCUGUUUCUUUGAUAUAUUCAGUGCUUUUUUUGUUUUAAAGUGUGCUUGGUCUGUCACCUUGCUCAGGGGAAUGUUAAGGUUGGUGUAGGUUGAGAACGUUCUGGUUUUAGUAUAGUUGUAUGACGUUACAGUUAGUAUAUUCCUAUGACGUCUUAGUUAAUAUAGUUCAUCGGCGUAUUAGUUUGUAUAGUUCUUGGACGUCUUAGUAUAGUUCUUGGGCUGCUUAUUGAGUAUACUUCUUUGACGUUAAAGUUAAUAUAGUUCUUGGACGUUUUCUCAGUGUAGUUUUUGGAAGUAAAAGUUACUUAAGUUCUUGGACGUAUUGUUAGUAUAACUCUUGGACGACUUAGUUAGGAUAGUUCUUGGACUUCUUAGUUAUUAUAGUUUUUGGACGUCUUGCUAGUAUAGUUCUUGGACUUCUUGCAUAUUUCUUUGACGAAUAAGUUAGUGUAGUUCUUGGACUUCUUAAUAAGUAUAGUUCUUGGAAGUCUUGCUAGUAUACUUCUUGGAAUUCUUAGUUAGUAUAGUUCUUGGACUUCUUGCAUAUUUCUUUGACGACUUAGUUAGUAUAGUUCUUGGACGUCUUAGUUAGAAUAGUUCUUGGACUUCUUAGUAAGUAUAGUUCUUAAACAUGUUUGUACAAAUAGUUGUAAAAAAUAGCCCCCACCCACACAAGCAAGCACACACGAACACAAACAAAUCAUGCAUAUAAUCCUACAUGUGUGCAGAGAGAGUAGGGUGGAGAUAGAGAGAUAGAAAGAGAGAGAGAGAGAGAUAGAGAGAGAGAGAGAGAGAGAGAGAGAGAGAGAGAGAGAGAGACGAACACACGAAUGAUUGGAUAUUCAUAAAUCUUGUAAUCAAAUACUUGUACCGGAAAUCACAAACUGCGAGUCGUGGUAAACAAAAUUCUCCAAAACCUAGCUAGGCGCUUGUGUUGGGUUUUUGUUGUUGUUGUUGUUGUAUGAGACCUAGAAAACCAAAAGAAACACAAUUUUAAAAGUUAAAUAUACCUCAGCGAGGUGAAUGUUUUUCACGCUUUAUUAGGCUGUUGAUUCCAAACAAUGGCGAGACCGCUUCUUAGACGACGGUACUCGUUGAAAGAUUAGACAUUAUAUUUGUUCUUUUUUGUUCAUAGUUUGGGUGGGGUGUGGGGGUGGGAGGUGAUAGUGGUGGUAGUGGUUGGAAGGAGAGGGAGGGGGCUAUCGAAGAUCCCUUUUGCUUGAACACCCAAGGUUUGAUGGUAAGGCUAUAGGGUGAUGUCAAAGGUGAUAUAUUUUAUGUUGAAAUAAUUCAAUGUAAACACGAACAGUCUUGUGAGUUAAGAUGUGGUAUUUCCUAUACGCCCAUCCAAAUAACGACGCAACACGGGAUGAUGUUGGGCAUCGUGUCGCCAUUUAACCUCAGCCAGGCUGAACGAGGUUUCUACCAUUUCCGUUAAAUCUCCACUAAUGCACGGGCAUUUUUUUGUUACUACUUGUAAACAAGGCACGUCAAGGCAAGUGGGAGAAUGUGACAGUACCAGACCCUUAAAAUAAAAGAGAUGUUUGCAAGUAAUGAGUGUGUAAAUGUAUUGUGUGUUUGACAUGAUUAGGUGCAAUGUGAUUAAACAAAAAAAAAAAUUCAUUUUGAAUUCACUGAGCCCUCUCGACAGAUAACUCCCUCCCUCCCCCCUCACCCAACCCCACUCGUUCGAUCAGGAGCUUUUGACGCACUCAUUGUCGGAUUCACCAUUACCCACCGAUCAAAGUGACAUUAAUGUGACUUUUUAUCCAUCAAGAAAAAGCAAUGCAGAUAUAUAACUGAGAAAAAAAAAGGGGGCACAUGUUUAGUAAUCGAUCUGAAAAUGAAUGAAGCUGAAGUUUCUAGUCUAAAAUAAAAAAAUUGUUCAAAAUUACUCUCAAGGUUCCCGUUUGUAGUCGUUGCAUUUUUUAAGAGAAAUUUUUGUAUUUUUAACUUUUAUAGAUAUUAAAACCUGCAUUAUAUUAGCUACUGGUAAAAUAACAAGUGUAUGAAAUGAUUCAACGUGAUACUACGAUAACGGGGGUUUAUUUUAGUAUAUAUAAAAUUUUGUCUAAUUUAAUAAAAUAUGUGUAAUCCAAAAGUGUCCAUGGACAAGCUACUCAUAGUCAUGGUGUGUUUGUGUCUUGUCUACGGCAAAGAUCAACAGGCGAGAAUUGUUCUGCGCAUGGAGUCCACCCUCCUUAACCAAAUGGGGACAUCAAAAGACAUCUCCUUGAGCACCGGCACUUUUAAGACGUAAGUACAAAGUAGUGUUUUUUUUUGACAGGUCCAGAGAUGUUUGCAAGUAAUGAAUACAUAGCUGUGUAAGUUUAUUAUGUGUUGGACAUCGUGGUGUCACAGUUAAUUUAACAAUUACCGCAAGAAGGAACAUGAUUAUCAAAUAUUUGACGACCUUACAAGAGUAAUUUAAUAAAAAUAUAACGGAGAUGUCACAAAAAAUGGUAAAUUUUGUGUAUUUGCUUUAGAGUCAACAGGGUAUUUUGUCAAGGCCUCCCAGGCGCCACCUUCGUCGUACGCACCGAUCCCAACUCAGGCCAUCUUGCACUUGUGGAUGACAUCCUAAAAUUUGACGAUACAACUAAAGGUGUCAAAUCAUGCAUGCCCGAAAACGAUGCGGUCCAGUGCUCGUCAAAUCACGUCUGCAUUCCAGGCAGUAACUGCACAGUAAGCCUGGCUAUAGAUUGUGCUCCAAUGCAGGGACCAACGAAAUGGGAGAGAAUUCCCCAGGUUGAAGUCACCUUCACGGACCACCAUGGCAAACUCGUUCUUCAGAGUUGUUACGUCAUGUGUCUGGCCAGCGAUUUAACAGAUGAACUUUGGGAACAAGGUUUCGAAGAGUUUUCCUACCGGGAAAUUGAUUUUAUUAUAGAUUGCUUUUUUCUCGUUGGAUUCUUCAUGGUACUUGGUGUUGUAGUGUGGAAAAUAAAGAACUUGAACAGAUUCAAACCUUUACCGUCUAACCUUAACCAUGAAAUUAUAUAUAUUUCGUAAUGAUGGAACAAGUGUUCAAAGUCAUGGUGUACAUAUUAUAUGAUGUCAUCCUAUAAAAUAAUGGGAAUGAAGUUGUAUUUUAAAUUUAAACAACAAAUAUGUAUAAUAUAGAUAUCAAUUUUUUAAUUAAUGUUUUAUUUAGAUUCACAAACUAAUUACAUUUUGUGACAUUGGGAAUUUAGAGAAGUUCGCAAAUGCGGAAUUGCUAAUUUUGCUUUUUGAACAAUAGUUUCAAUUUUCAAAUUUCCAUUAUUUGCUAGGAACAAGCAUCAAUGCCACGUUAACAAAGAGUACAAAGGUUGGCGUUUUAAAUUAUGCUUUCAUAUAUAACACACUAAAAAAUUAUUUUGUAGGUAGCUUCAGUUAAAAGUUUAUUGCAUUUAAAAAUCUCUAAAAAUAAACCUUUAUACAAACCAUCACUAUUUGUAUUUAUCAGAUGAUUAGAAUGUUUGAAAUCGGCUUCUAAAUCUGAAUAAAGGGCUUUGAUGUUUUACGCAUCCUUUCUGUUUUGUUUUUUCUUUUGUUACAAAAUUAUUGGUUUACAAUUUAGUUGUUUGCAAAUGUUUUAUUUAAGAAUUUACAAUAUAGUUGUUACAGAAUCAAUAUCCUGGAUUCAAUUUUUUUAAUAUUUUAUUUAAUGACCCAUAUCGUUUCUUGAAACAUUCUAAUAGUGUCUAUGGUUGUAUAUUAAAUUCUUAAAAAUUGCAUAUAUCCUCCUUUUGUAAUUCUUUAUAGUUAAUAUCCACUGUCAAAUAUUUAAAUGUGGCUGAGUGACUUUAUUU